GUGCAGGUGCGGAGCCGGCGAGAGGGGAGCGCGAGGCGGCAGAAGGGAGCGCGGCAGGAUGCGGUCGGCGCGGAGCUGCAGGCACUCGCCUUUGGCGGCCGCGGCGGGGAUUUUGCUGCUGUGCCUGGCGGGCCGAGUUAGAGCUCAGGAGGUCCAAGCCGAGAAUGUCACGGUAGCAGAAGGCGGGCAGGCUGAGAUCAAUUGCAAGCUGCACCAAUACGAUGGCUCCAUCGUGGUGAUCCAGAACCCAUCUCGGCAGACGCUCUUCUUCAACGGCACACGAGCCUUGAAGGAUGAACGUUUCCAGCUGGUGGAGUUCACCCAAAAACAGGUCCGCAUUGUGCUCUCCAACGCCCGUCUGGAAGAUGAAGGUGGAUACUAUUGCCAGCUGUACACAGAAGAUACCCACCAUCAGAUUGCCAUCCUUACAGUGCUGGUUCCCCCGGACAGUCCCUUAGUGGAGGUGAAGGAACAGGCGGUAGAAGGAGGAGAAGUUGAACUCACCUGCAGCGUUCCCAGGUCACGCCCUGCGGCCACCCUGCGCUGGUACCGGGACCGGAAAGAGAUAAAAGGUGUCAUUCCAAAUGCUGAAUUGGGCUCCCUGUGGAAAUCCCGUGACAAAUAUCCUGGGGCUAUUGUAGAGGCCCAGACGUCAGUGCCCUAUGCCAUUGUGGGGGGUAUCCUGGCUCUUCUCGUCUUUCUUGUCAUCUGCGUCCUCAUCAUCAUGGUUUGGUGCUCCAUCCGGCAGAAAGGUUCCUACUUGACACACGAGGCCAGCGGGCUGGAUGAGCAUGGAGAAGCCCGCGAGGCUUUUCUGAACGGCGGAGAUGGUCAUAAACGCAAGGAGGAGUUUUUCAUCUAAGCCAGGGGAAGGAAGAGGAGGAGGAGGAGGAGGAAAAGGGGGGAAGGGGUGUUGGGAGAAGCUGGCGAAGGAGGGGGUGCACUGGAAAGGGGAGAGGGUUGCAGAAAAGCUGUUGUUCCGGCUGUGGGUGGGUGGGGAGGACUGGCUUCCAAAAAAAAAUUGGGAAAAAAUGAACGAAAAGAUGCUUUAAGGAAUAUAAAGCCCCCAUUGUGUACAAAACCGACCACCGGCGGCUCCCACUCUCUUUCCCGGUUUGAUUUUCCAAAACCGAGGAUUUUUUUUAAACCCCUCCCCUUAUCCAGGAAGCUCCACCCCCACCCCGAAACUCUCUGCCUUCAGAUGCCUCUUUCCACCAAAACCCUUUCCUCCCCACCCUGUUCAUUUGGUAGGGCUGGGUAGGCAUGCUUAGCACUGUCCGCCCCCCCCACCUCCAAAAACAAAGUGGGGAGGGGGCAGAGCUGCUGCAUUUCCCCCCCUUUUGGGGUGGAACCAGUACUUCGGGGGAGGGGGAUGUUUGUAAAUAAAGUCCUAACGGGAAGUGGAAGACACCCCACCCCCCCAAUGGGAGGUUGAAGGCGAGGGACAUCCCUGUGCCCCCCCCCAACCCUCCCAAAUUGCUUGUUAGGUCCGACCUUCCCAGGUAUUUUAGCACUGAGAUUCACAGUAUUUGGGGAGGGAGGCAGGGCUAAUGGGGGGAAAAGGUACCCUGGUCUUCUGGAUGGAUGGAGAACCCUUGACCUGGAGUUCUGGGUUCUGGAUGACCCUGAAGACCUUGUGUCCGUGCUCCUCACCCUCCGCUCUUCAGGAGUGCCGGCGUGAUGGCCGUCUGCCACGAGGGGCAUCUUGGGGAUGUCUUUGGGGUGGGGUGGGGUGUCUCUUUUCGGCUGCAUGCUUUUCCCGGUCAGGGCCGGGCUGCUCAAGGACUCCUGGGCUGUCAGAAGCAGGUUUUAUUUCUUCAAAGCCAUGAUAGUUUGGGGAGGGUAAAGGAGGGAGGGGGAGGGAGGACGAGGACAGGGGGAGGGGGUGUCUGUCUGUCUGUCUGUCUCAUCCUUGUUAUUGUGACAUUCUUGGCCGGAGGGCAGGAAUUGGGACCCCACAAAGCCCACCGGAUCAUCCACUUCCCACGCCAUGUUCACCUCGUCAUCUGUCCCAUCUGGACAGCACAGCUUGUUGGGCCAGCUUCUGCGGGAGGUGGAAGACCUGCCUGUUUUUAUUGUUACGUUUUCAAGUCCGGCCGGCUGAAAUAUAUUGGUGAAUGCAGAUUAAAGUUGACUUGUCUCCAUCUCCUCCUCCUUUCCUUUUGACCACACGGGGAGCCCCUAGGCCAGGAGUCUCCCACGUUGGCCGCU